ACAGGAAGUCAGCCGCAUGUCACGUUUGUUUUUGUAUGUACGAAGUGGACGUCAGCGGGAACUGAGAGCAUGUCUCAGGGCAGCGAGAUGAAGAAGCAGAGGGAGAGUCGGUGCACUCAGAAGACCAUCUCAUUGCUGAGCCCCCUGGGGAAGAUCCAAGUCAGUGGAUGUGAGAAUGGUGUGCACACCAUCCAGAUCCUAAUGGAUGUCGCACCUGCUGAAAGGAGCGGCGAGGCCCCCCUGAGCUGUGUGGUCAACGAUAGCCCGGCAGAAAUGAGCCCCGAGUUGCAGCGCUGCAUUGAAUGGCUCCAGGCGUACUUCAGUGAGCCGCAGACCACUGGGAGUCUCCAGCUCCCUUCUUUUCACCACCCCGCCCUGCAAGGAGACUCGUUCACCAGUCGAGUGCUCCGUCUUCUUCUGAGGGACGUCAAGUUCGGGGAGACGGUCUCUUACAAGCGUCUUGCUGAGAUGGCGGGAAACCCCAAAGCGGUGCGCGCAGUGGGAGGGGCCAUGAGGAGAAACCCAAUUCCUCUCAUCAUCCCCUGCCACCGAGUCAUCAGCAGCAGCGGUCAGAGCGGGUCGUACAUGGGCGGCGCUGGUGACCAUCUCAAACAAUGGCUGCUCACCCACGAGAGCCGGAGCGGAAAAGGCUGACAGCAAGCCACUGUUCCCCACUCAGUAUGCGCACCAAGACUCUCACCCUUAAAAUCCAACACACACACACGAAAAACAUUAUUGAGAAGUGAACAAGUAGAGCUUCGUGUAAAUAUUCAGUUUAUAUUUCUGUUUAAAAAAAAAAAAAAAAAAAGUCUAAGAAUAGAGAGUGCAUUGUUAAUGUGAUACAGAGUUGUUGCAGAAUUAGAAUGUACAAAAAUAACUUAAACAGAACAGUAGGAAUUACAAACAUAUGCUCCCCUGGGCCUCCGUUGCCUUUGCCAGAUAGUGCUGGAAUGGUUUUUCUAAAGAGUUAUUAUUCCCUUAAAAAUAUGUCUCUCGCAUUGUUGUUGUUGUUAUUUUAUUUUUUUUUCCGGAGCAGAAUUAGUCUUUGUACCUCUCGUUGGUUUUUUAAUUUCCUGCCAAGCGGUUGCUUUGUUCAACAUCCAGUGAUAAAGGCUCUGAAUUUUUACUGCUACAAAGCUUUGUAGUCAAGCAUUUGUUUUGUCUUCAUUUAGAUCUCAUUGUCUGCUCGCGCCUUAUAAUACACCUCCAGCGUGGAGAUGUCUUGUGCACUAUAUAGUCUACAAUUACGCCAUUUAAAUAAAUACAGCUGCACCUGUCAGGUGAUGCCUUUUCAUCAUUUUAAUUGUGUGAAAUUACACAAUUGAUUUGGUGCUGCGACGCCUCAGAAUCGAUUAUGCUAUACGUCUCCUAUCCUGCUGCAGCAGCGUCUGUCAGAGCUGCCUCCUUUUAUUCCUGCGGAGUGUUUUCCAUUAGAGGGCAGUACAGAACGGGAAACUGGAAUCAAAAUUUCAACCUUGAAUCCAUCCUGCACAUUAAUCUCCAACUUAAUUGUUUGUAUGUUGUUUUAUUUUCAAUGCAGCUGCUUUGAAAUCCCUCUGGGAAGAAUUAUUUUAUCUUAGAAAUGCCAUAUGGAGCAGGGCGGCGGUGAUGGGGAGUGCUUAGAAAACAUCAUCUGCUUUGACUGAUUAGUCAUAUUUCCUGAGGUUUACAGCAACAACAAUCCGGUUUCCCUCAUUUUCCUGCCUUGGAAUUCGACGUUCUGCCCCCUGCCUACAGCAAUUCCGGAGUGACCCGGACAUCCCCAAAGUUAUUCCUCCCUCUGAACGUCCCAGGUAGCCUAAUAAUGCAGCCCCCCAAAAUAACCUCGGCUCUAACCUUUACAGAACCAAUUCAAGUGCCCCCCCCACCCCACCCUCCCCCACACCUCUGAAUUCAUUUGAACUUUGCUGCAUGUUUUUGAAUUUCACAUCCGAUCAGCUCCACGCGCCUGUCUCAGCCAGCCGCUGGACUCACUUAGGCUGCCAUCGGAGCGCCGUGGAAGCGUCGAUGUUGAGGCAGCAGACAGGCAGAUGAAGAAUGAGACUCAGUCUGUGGUUUCACAGAGGGCUAAUGAUGCCUGUGGUGACUACAGGCUACAGUCAGCCCCCUAACGAAGGGAGCUGUGACACAGCCACAAGGGGUCCCAUUUAAGCCGGGCGCACUCUGAAGUGCACUGUAAGCACCCUCCGUUUUUCGCUCGUGGCUAAGUAAAUUCUAUGGAAUUUAGCAGCCAGAGAUACUGUGGGGUUGUUGAAAAACAAGUCCUGCAUCAAAGAUUCACACGAGCUAGUUAUUGUGUCUCCAAUAACUUCUUGCUAACUAGUCGAUCUCAAAAGAUGUGUCUCACCUUCCCACUGUUCACAUCUACAUCAAACUUUCCUUUAACCAAGUUCGACCUCCUCCGUCUUUCUCUUCUCAACUUAAAAAUGUGCUGACCUGCACUGACCUGCCCAAAGUGAUAUGGUGUCGCUCCAUCAGAUUGACAGCAAAGUUUAACAGUCACAGAAAGUUUAUUUUUAUUUUUUUUUCUCUUUCAUUUUUAUGUGUUCACUCAGCAGUAAGUUUAAAAUUGUAAGACCACAAAAAAACAUUGUAUAACAUAUUGUCAUCCAGUAAAUAGUGGAAUUCAUGUUUGAAAUUACACUUUUUAUUGAACAUUGAUGUGAGUGUAAACAUUAUCUUUAUGUUAUUGGGAUAUUUUAGACAUAUUCAUAAUUUUUGAAGCAGACUAACUUUAAAAACAAAAUAAUAAUUAAGCCACUCUUGUGCAGUUCUUAAUAAAUAAUAAUACAGUUCUUAAUAUAUAGAAGUUAGAUUUCAUAUUUCAAAUCUAUUGAAUUCAGACUUUAAAAGUGUUGUACAUUACGACCAAGUUUAUGUAUGUAUUUAUCGAUAUUUCGAACCACAAAUGCUUGAUUUUUUGUUUUGCCCCCGGCACAUUGUCACGCAAAGUUGAAUAGUUUGGCCAAGUUUUAUACAUUUUUUUACAUUUAUGUACAGUACUACAGUCACACAUAUUGACAGUUCACUUUCAUGUACCUCUUUGCCGUUGCCACUGUUUCUUCUGUUGCAAAUAUGAUAUUUAUUCCCUGAGAUAUGAUGUGUUUAUAAAGGUGCAAGAGCCGAAACCAAGCAUUUAGACGACUAUCAGCAAUAACACGCCAAGUUCCAAACUAUUUUUUUUUCUUUUUUUUCUUUAAGGUGUUUUUUUUAAUCGUAUUAUUCUCACAUCGAUCUAGUUAUUACUAAAAGUUAGUUUGUCGUCAAACUGAACAACAACAACCUUAGCAUCAACCUUUUAAACAUGUAAUCAUGACUUCCUGUUUGUAGUUUUCAAUAAAAGAUUAGACUUGUUUCACGGAUAUAAGACGUUCAUACUUAAUAAAAGACAAAUACCCAAUGAAAAAAAAAGUAAAAUGUCUAACCAUUAAAGCCUUUCAUGAAUUAAAACUGAAAUCAUGUUGUGUACUGUGGCAAGUUGGAGUCUCUUUAGUUCCUCUUUCACAUUUACAUGAAAUAUUACACAGGGCGGAAUAUUGACGCAGAGUAUUUCGAGGUCGUGCAUUCAUCAUCUCUGCCACUUGUGUAUCACGCUCGCUAAGAUAUAAACAGAAUUAUAUUAAAAGAAGCUAAUACCAUCUCAUCAUCCACACUGUUAAUCUCUGUGAAACCUUUAAUUUCGGCCUAAUAACUGGCCCCAUUUUCCAGUUCAAGAGUGCGUGAGCGUGUGUGCGAGCAUGUGGCCGUGUGUGUUGGUGUGUUCACAUGUGUAUGUCCAUAUGUGUGUGGGUGAAGUGGAUGAUAUUGAGUCUGACUUCAUAAAUCACCCAGACACUGAUAAACUCCCCAUGCACCCACACACCGCUAAUGGGCAACCCUUAAGGAGUGUGAGUGUCUCGUGCGGCGUUUGAUUCAACAUUUAUUAACCCCUCACACACACACACACACACACACAUAUUCGACACACACUCAUUUGAGCAGCAGAGAUGAUAUACUUGGUGGCUUCACUGGUGUUGUACCUGACCUUUGACCUGUCAUGUUGUUUUAAUCAGCGAGAGCAUUUUUAACAUUUGUUCAGAAAACUUUCAAUCGACUCCCCUGCAUCACACUGGCAUCCAAGCUCCUCGUCAAUCUUGUUUACCACGCAGGGAAAAAAAAGUCCAGAUUUUUCAUUACAAGUUCCAUCCAGAGGAGGGACGGUGUCGAGGUCAAUUCUUCAGCCACAUCAGCAACGGGGUUUAAAUCAACAGCAAUGUUGCAACGCUAACCAGCUUAGCGCCAAACUCAUUAUUAGCCCCUCAGUGUGAAAUUUCAAUUGUUUCACUCAUUUAUUUAUUUCCAACGCGCAUAUACACACACACACACGCAUGCACAAGAACAAUAUCAUGCAAUUAGAGUGCGUCGCCCCAUGCGGUUUUGGGUUCAGCGCUCCACUCAAGGGCACCUUGGCAGUGCCCAGGAGGUGAACUGGCACCUCUCCAGCUAGCAGUCCACAAUCCAAGUGAUGGUUCAUGCGGAACACAAAGUUACAAAGGAUUAAGUUGGUCGGAAACGGGGUCACGCUUAGAAGUGAAAGUGACACAGACAUGAAGGAUCUUGGUGUGAUCUUGACUGGUGGGUGAUUUUUAAGAUGGACACUUUCUUGGAUUGUCAUCACAGAGUGUUCGUCUACAGUGCAUGAUGCUGAGUUGAACUGUUUACCAGUACUACUGUAUUUUACUAUUGCACUAAAUGAUUUUGAAUGUACGUAGCUUUGGGUUAGUUACAACAUGUGUUUUCUGUGUGUGUGAAAUGUUCUGAUUUUUUUAUUUGUAACCCAGCUGUCAUUGUGAUUAAUUUCAGAAGUCUAUGUAUAUUUUCACCAUUUAUUUUUUUCCAGUAACCGCUCAGAUAUUGAGUGAUAUUUACUCUCCUUUACACUACAGUUCCCCCUUAAUUUAUAUAUCUUUUUCUUAUACAUCACAAUUAUGCCAGUACCAUUGCUUCAUUAUCAGUCUUCUAUUGUUACUGUUUUCUUAAUAUUGUAGCUCAGUUUUUUUCCUCUAAGAUUUUAAGUUUGAUUAAAUUAUCUUAACUUUAAGAUAUUUUUUUAUUUAUUCGGCGAUCACUUGUUCACAUUAAUUUAGUAAAAGUUAGGUUGGUAUUUUCACCACAUUGAUAAUCAUAACUUGCCUGUGGCCCUUUUAUACUGUAUAAUUUUUCUAUAUUUCUAUGUUUUCAUAAAAAUAUUUGAAUAUAAUAAUCAUACUUUUUUUCUAGUUUGUCAUUGUAUAACUUUUAUUUUGUUUCCAAAAUACAUUUCACCACUAUUUCAGUUGUUCUGAAAGUUUUUUUUAAAUAUUAAGAGUACGUCAAAUGUCAAAUACAUUGAAAUCUCCCUGUGAUUCCUAUUUUAUACUAUUUUAAAAAAAGCAUCCAGGAUCCUAUGGAACACUGACUAGUGUCACAUGACUUUGUUUUAAGGCUCUUAUCUUCUUCUUUCUGAGUGUUUGUAAAUAGCUGUAUUUGAAAGUGGACUCCUCCCCUCCCCAGGACAGACAGGUAACACUUUUAUAGGUCACCUUUCGACAGGAUUCAAUCUCACUGUGCUCAUAUUGUCGCUGAUUUAACCAAAUAAAAAGCGAAGACUGCAGUUACUUCAGUAAAUAAAUAUACCGGUAUAUGUAGUUACUGCCUGGUGAAUUCAGAUGGAACUGGAUAAGUCAGCUGCUAGAAGACUAGACAGAGGGAGCACUUUUGAUGCAGGCUUUAGUCAACAUUCAUUUUAAAAAGUAUUUCAUAUACUUGCUCAAGAUAGUGAAAAGAAAAUCAUUCAUGUUCACACAAAUAGUAAUGGGUCUGUAGUUGAGGAAAAUAUCGUGCUCCAGUCCACGAGAUGAGCGUGUGUGCUGCCACUGCUGGAGAUGAGUAAGUGAGUUUCAAAGUAGAAGAAGGUGAUCCGGCCUGGUGACUCAUGUUUUACUUCCAUGAGCUGCUCACAUUUUUUUGGAGUGACCCAUACAUUUGACUGCAUAAUGUUACCAUUGUGUUUUGGUCAUUCCGGCCUUUUAAUCGAACUCUAUUGGUCUGAAUAGCGUUUGGAAGAAUGUGAUCGUGACCUGCGUUUGGAUGAGUAGCUCCGCUUUUUGAAAUGGUGUGUGAGGAGGGAAGUCUUGAAUGAGAAUGGAGGAGAAACACCUCUUUCUUUUCAUGCAGGCGCAGGUUGAAUAGGUGGAUUAUUACAGUAAGUGCUGCCAGUGAUUGUCUCAUACACGCUUUUCCUGAAGCCUUUGGAGAGCAAUGUAGUUUUUGGAAAGCUCAGUCACGGUCAGAAAGUCAAAGGAGUCUCCCUCGUCCAGAUAGAGCGGGUCCAACAUUCACUCAGACGGAUAGACACAGCAAUAGAUAGCCUGAUAGACUGAGGCUUGCCCGCACUAUCAGGUUUCCUCCCCCUCUGUCUGUCUGCCGGGACAGGCGGUCCUCGAAGGCCCUGACACCGAGGCACCACUCAGCCAGCCACAACAGCUGCCACAGCAGCAUCUAAUACCAGCACAGUCCACGCUACGCCACCACUACAAAGAGAAACCUCAUCCCAAACAUCGCCUACUUUGAUGCUUUUGUAAUGAUCUUUGUGUUUUGAGAGGGAAAGCUGAGGAUGGAGGAUUGUUAUGGUGUCUUUUUGUUCCCUCAGAACAAAGGGACUCCACCACCCCUCUGCUCUGGCCUCACAAGUUUACAUUGAGAUGGAGUCGAAUUAAAACCUGGAGCUGUGGUGUGUAAUUUGUUUACAGUUGAUCAACAAAAAAGUUGUUGAUAAAAGCUAAAUAUCAAUUAACAAAUGUGUACACAAAUGGGCCAAAGAGAGGGAAGAUUCAAGCGACUCAUUGAGCUCAAAGAAGGAGGAACAAAUGGACGAAAUAAAGCGAGAAAUAGGAAGGAAAUUGCCGAAAUUUGAAAAUCUGCAAUGUAGUAUAAUGCAUGUCCUUAUUUAGGACAUGCAUUAUACUGAAGUUUUUUCUUCUUUGUGGAUAUUGGUUAUGAAGUCACAUUGUAUCAUGCUGUGUACAUGGAGUUGGUGCCCUGAAAAAUGUUACUUGUGAAAGAAAGUUCACUUGUAAUCUGUUAUUUACAUUCAUGAAUUGUAUAUACGCACCGUAAUUUCCAGACUAUAAUAAGCAGCUACUCUUUUCUUGUGGUCUGAACCCUGCGGCAUAUACAAUGACGCGGCUAAAAUAUGGGUUUUCACAGGCUAAAGAGCAUCAUGCUGCCAAAAAAUUAAACUUUGUUAUAUCGAACCAAUGGAAUCACAGGCGUUUUAUUGACAUUA